UUAGAUAUUUUUAAGGACGCCACUGGAAUAUGUAUAAAUAGCAUUGUGUACCAGUGUGUAAUGCACAUAUAUAUAUAUAAUAGGAUGAUAUAAUUCUCAUCUUUCUUGCAAAUAAUUAAACAAGUAUAUCCUUCAUUCACAUAUAAACAAUUAUUAUAUUAAAUACAAAUAAGAAUAAGGCCUAAUUGUAAGAAGAGGAAAGACCUGAAAGAGAAAUUAUUAUAAUAUUAUGCAUGAUAGAGAACCGGAUUGGACUUUCUUUUUUGACCAUAUUUAUGAAAAUUCCUUAUAAGCGUUUCGGCAGGCCACGAUAAGGCAUUCGUGAUUGACGCUAAUUUUCGCUGCGCCGCGCCGGCGUGUUGCAACUUGCGACGUCAAUGUGGUUGGAGGAAGGGACAAUUCCGAAACGGAACAAACUGUCUUUUAUCGGAUGUGUUAGUCAGUGUAAUACGUACUACUUGUUCGUUCGCGUUCGUUUCGGCUCAAUCACGUACAAAAAGCAUCAUCAUUUGGUGUCGCUCUACAGCCACGUUCCCAAAUUACAGUGUGGUGCAAGCAAGACAAUGUGAUUAACCUUACCAUAAUAACGAAUCGUGUGUGUCUAACAAUAAUCAUAUAUAAAACCAGCAUUAUCAUCGAUACCGUGAAAAAGUGAAAUUAAUGAAUGACAAUAAAGAUUAAACUGGUAUUAAGAGAACACAUAUAACACAUAUUGAUAAAUGAUCAGCGCUGAAUUUAACCUAUCCUAAACUGAACCGACCCAAGUCUCAUUAAUUUUUAUACAUCAUCGGAAUAAGAAUAUCAACUGGAUAAAAAUGAAUUCAUAUGGAUGGAAUAAAGAUAUAUACGAGCCGGAAUUUGUGCGACAAGAGACGAAAAACAUAGAGUUAGGAGAGAAAGGUUCUGGCUUUAGACCACGAGGAGCGAUCCAAGACUUUAACACGCUGAGACGAGAAUGCCUGGCGACAGGACGACUGUUCGAGGAUCCUGAAUUCCCAGCCAACGAUUCGUCGCUAUACUUUUCCCGCAGAUCUGAUAGAUACAUAGAAUGGAAGCGACCAAUGGAAAUCGCAGAUAAUCCUCAACUUUUCAUAGAGGGUUUCUCAAGAUUUGAUGUUCAGCAAGGAGAGUUAGGAGAUUGCUGGUUAUUGGCCGCCGUAGCGAAUUUGACAAUGCAUUCAAAUUUAUUCUUUCAAGUAGUACCAGAAGAUCAGAGUUUCGAGGAAAAUUACGCUGGAAUCUUCCAUUUUAGGUUUUGGCAAUAUGGCAGAUGGGUCGACGUGGUGAUCGACGAUCGAUUGCCUACCUCUCAUGGGGAAUUGGUAUAUCUGCAUUCGGCUGAAAGUAACGAAUUCUGGAGCGCUCUUCUCGAGAAAGCAUAUGCGAAACUUCAUGGCUCUUACGAGGCGUUAAAAGGUGGCUCAACCUGCGAAGCCAUGGAGGACUUUACUGGUGGACUGACAGAAAUGUAUCAAAUGGAUCAAACACCACCAAACUUGUUUAACAUACUGUUAAAAGCAUUUGAAAGAAAUUCAUUAUUAGGCUGCUCCAUCGAGCCCGAUCCAAACAUAGUAGAGGCCGAAACACCUCAGGGAUUGAUACGUGGUCAUGCAUACAGCGUUACUCGUGUAAAGCACGUAGAGAUUCAAACACCGAAUCAGUAUGGUACUAUACCUCUUUUGAGACUUCGAAAUCCUUGGGGAAACGAAGCAGAAUGGAAUGGGCCUUGGAGUGAUCAAUCACCGGAAUGGAGAUUCAUCCCUGAUCACGAAAAGGAAGAGCUUGGUUUAACUUUUGAUAUGGACGGCGAAUUUUGGAUGUCGUUUCAUGAUUUUACACGCCAUUUUACUCAACUUGAGAUAUGUAACUUAAAUCCCGAUUCCUUAACUGCAGACGAAAUCAACGCCGGGAAGAAGCGUUGGGAGAUGAGUGUGUUUGAGGGAGAAUGGGUGCGCGGUGUAACAGCUGGUGGUUGUAGAAACUAUUUAGAAACCUUCUGGCACAAUCCGCAAUAUCGUAUCACCUUAGAAUAUCCAGAUGAUGACGAUGACAAAUGUACCGUAAUCGUCGCUCUGAUGCAGAAAAACAGAAGAGCGCAAAAAAGGAUGGGUGCCGAUUGUCUCACUAUUGGAUUCGCGAUAUAUCACUUGGAGUAUCCAGAAAGGCUGCCAAAACCGCUAGACAUAAACUUCUUCAAGUACAACGCGUCUGUCGGACGUUCACCAGCAUUUAUAAACUUACGGGAAGUUACGUGUCGUUUCAAAUUACCACCGGGCGCAUACUGCAUAGUUCCAAGUACUUUUGACCCAAAUGAAGAGGGUGAAUUUUUGCUAAGAAUCUUCUCUGAAAAUAAAAACAAUAUGGAAGAAAACGAUGAAGAAGUUGGUGUUGGAGAAGUCGAUGAUAGGGUGAUUAACUCUGUCAGCAAUAAAGAGGGGCAUGAUGAAGAUAAUGUUCGCGAUGAACCCGAACAAGAUCGCAAUACCGAAAAAGUUAGGGAAUUUUUCAAGAAACUUGCUGGUGAUGACAUGGAAGUAGAUUGGAUGGAACUUAAAGACAUCUUAGAUUUUGCCAUGAAAAAAGAAUUACUGCAGUUGGCGCAUCAUAGCGAGGCACAUGUUCCUGAAAAUGUUGAAGGCAAUGAUUCAUUUCUCAACACUCUCAUCUCAUUGUUAUGCGGCAUUAUUUGUAAUAAUGAACAAUACAAUAAACCCAUAGACACACACGACAGAGGAUUCAGCAAAGAUAUAUGUCGCAGUAUGGUUGCUAUGUUGGAUGUAGAUCACUCUGGAAAACUUGGUUUUGAAGAAUUUAAAACAUUGUGGAAUGACAUUAGAAAGUGGAGGGCUGUUUUCAAACUAUACGACAGAGAUGAAUCAGGAUAUCUAAGUGCAUUCGAAUUAAGACAAGCGUUAAAUAGUGCUGGAUAUCGUUUGAAUAAUCAUAUUCUAAAUAUUUUGGUUCAUCGUUACGGCACUAAAGAUGGCAAGAUUACUUUUGAUGAUUACAUUAUGUGUGCAGUCAGGCUUAAAACAAUGAUUGACAUUUUCAGAGAGAGAGAUCCAGAUCAAACCAAUACAGCUACGUUUACGAUGGAAGAAUGGAUAGAAAAAACGCUCUAUUCAUAAUAGAAUAUAAAUUUAUAUUUACAAUAAAAUUCACUUUUAUCAAA